UCUCUGUGUUAUUACUGUGCAUGGCCUCUGUUCCUGUUGUUGUACUUGUGUAAGUGUAUUUAAGAGUUGGUAUUUCUUCAGCUUUGUUCAGAUCCUCCACACAGGACGACUGAAGCUACCGGCUGAAACUGCAGCAGGUUAUCAUCCUCUCUAACAUCUGCACCAUCCACCAUGAAGACUCUGACUGUGUCUUUGAUUGUGUGCACCCUGAUAGCUCUGACCAGAGCUGCCGCGUUCACUGGUGUCACUUUCCAUCCAGCUCUUCCAUAUGAAGAGAACGAACAUGGGACAAUGGAUCCUAUGAUAAUAGUUGAACCAUUUCCUUUUAUGAUGACGAUGACACCACCACCACCACCACCAUCACUACCUGAGAUAACAAUAGCACUGCCUGAAACAACUCUUCCAUAUGAAGAGAACGAACAUGGGACAAUGGAUCCUAUGAUAAUAGUUGAUCCAUUUCCUUUUAUGACAACACCACCACCACCACCACCACCUGAGACAACAACAGCACUGCCUGAAACAAGGGAGCAUCGUGUGGUCAAGAGGUCCACAUCUUGUCCCUGUGGUUGGACUGAGUACUACGACCGUUGCUUCUUCUAUGUUUCCAAAGCCAUGAGUUGGGCUGAUGCUCAGAAAAACUGUGAGACCAUGAAUUCAAACCUUGCAUCUGUGCACAGCGAUGAGGAGUACCAGCUGAUUCAGAAGGUGGUAUUAGUUGCUAGUCAUGGGUCUGGACCCACAUGGAUUGGAGGCUCUGAUGCACAAAAGGAGAAGCUUUGGUUCUGGAUUGAUGGAACAACUUUCAAAUAUGAGAACUGGUGUGAGGGACAGCCUGAUGACUUUCAAGGUGCUCAGGACUGUGCUCUAAUGAAUUUUGCAGCCAAUAAGUGCUGGGAUGAUGGAAACUGUGAAGCUGCUCUCCCGUCUGUCUGUGCCAAGAAAAUCUGAUCGUCUGACAGAGGCGUGAAAUGAAACCAGUCAAGAGCCGUCUCAGUCUCACAUAACCUGAACGAUCUUGUAUUUUACAACUUGUAUCAUCUCUAUAUGUCAUCCAUUUCUUCUCUACUGCUGUAACGCUACUUAAGGAACAAAGCGACAUGUAACAAUAAACAGGAGCUGGACUGUGUCUUGGGUUUAAAGAGCAGACUGAACGUGUUAAAAAAAAAAAAAAGACUGCUUUUAGCAUAAUCUUUCUCUGUCUCUUGUCUUAUGUCAAAAUAAAAAUCUUGAGCAUUAAAAUAA